CCGGAUAUUGUAGUCACGUGGUGUGAUUGUAGGAAGCCUUUUAGGAAAGAGUUGACAGCUGACAGCCUAGCAUACCUCAGUCUACUUUUGCGCGCAGAGUGUGACAGACCGUCACAGGUAAUUUGUUGGAGACCAGCGUGACUGGGGCGAGACCAUGCGGAAGGCCACGUGGGGACUUCUGCUGCUGCUGCUGCUGCUGCUGGCCUGUGUAGCCACCUGUGACCCGAGUGAGCAGGACCAAAAUGGAGAUGAGAAGGGCCCUCGACGGAGGGGCCACGUGUCCGUGGUGGUGGUGGGUGGGACGGGCGACCUCGCCAACAAGUACCUCUGGCAGGGCUUCUUCACCCUGUACGCUACCCAGGUGGGCAAAGGCCACACCUUUGCCUUCUAUGGAGGCGGUCUGUCGCCGGCCGAAAGGGGCACCCCGCUCCUGUUUGAGAUCCUCAAAAGCCAGGCGUGCCCUGAGGAGCUGUCGGCGGAGCGCUGCGCACUGAUCAGGGACCAGUUCCUGCGGCUGACCCAGUACCGGCAGCUGAAGACCGAGGAGGACUACCAGACCCUGGGCCAGCACAUCAAGACUCAGCUGGCGCAGGAGGACAUGAAGGAGGCUGGCCGCCUCUUCUACCUGUCCGUGCCGGCCUUCGCCUACGCCGACGUCGCCGAGCGGGUCAACCGGAGCUGCCGGCCGCCGCGGAGCGCCUGGCUCAGGGUGGUGCUGGAGAAGCCCUUCGGCCACGACCUGCGCAGCGCUCAGGAGCUCGCCACGCGGCUGGCCAGCUCGCUCAGAGAGGACGAGAUGUACAGAAUAGACCACUACCUCGGGAAACAGGUUGUUUCCCAGAUAUUACCAUUUAGAAAACAGAACAGGAAAUUCCUAAAGCAAAUCUGGAAUAAGCACCAUAUUGAUCGAAUGGAGAUUGUGCUCAAGGAAACACUAGAUGCCAAAGGGCGCAUUUCCUUUUAUGACCAGUAUGGGGUCAUCAGGGAUGUGAUCCAAAAUCACUUGACCGAAAUGAUGACCCUCUUGACCAUGACGGUCCCCAAAAACCUGACGGACUGUAAAGAGAUUGACCAGAACAAGCUCAAAGUCUUCAGCGCCUUUCAUCCGCUCGACAAGGACAGUGCUGUCAUUGGACAGUACCAGUCCUAUAAUUCUGAAGUCCAGCUUGAACUCAAUAAGACCAAAGAUCAUUUGAGCCUUACCCCGACAUUUACUGGUAUUGCGGUCUUCACCACUAUGCCACAGUACGAAGGCAUCCCCAUAUUCCUGACGUCAGGUAAACUCCUAGAUGAGCGGGUUGGAUAUGCCCGCAUCACUUUUAAGAACAACGUGUUCUGCGUGCAAGACCCCAACAGUGUUGCGUGCAGGCAGAAGCAGAUCGUGUUCUACAUUGGCCAUGGCGCACUGGGGUACCCGGGAAUACUGGUCACUAAGAAUCUGUUCAGGCCAGCGCUGGUGGGCAGUCUCUGGAAGGAGGUGUCCGAGGACAAGGACACCCUUUUGUUCGGCAUGCCCCUCUCGGACUACUACAUCCAGGUCCCGACGGUCCAGCGAGAGGCCUACACGGAGCUGAUCCUGCAGGUGUUCCGCGGCCGGAUGGACCACUUCGUCAGCGCCGACAGCCUCCUGGCGUCGUGGCGGUUCUGGACGCCUCUACUGGACAGCCAGACGCGCGAGUUCCCCCGGCCGUACCCCGGCGGCGUCGCCAACGGCAACCAGCUGGACUUCGAGCUGCACGGCCGCCAAGUGCGCUUCUGCACCGAGUCUCUGGUCAACGUCAUCCCCCAGGAGCGCUCCGGCGGCGGCGGCGCUGGCGACGAGAGCUUCCAGGUGAUGCAGGGCAAGUACCGCGGCGCGGACAUGGUGUCGGCCUGGCCCGCCGAGCUGGUGGAGCGGCUGGCCGACGACCUGCAGGAGGCGGCCGAGGAGGCGACGGAGGAGGGCGUGCCCUUCCACCUGGCGCUGUCGGGCGGCUCCAGCCCCGUGGCGCUGUUCCGCCGGCUGGCGCGCCACCACCACGCCUUCCCCUGGUGGAACACGCACGUGUGGCUGGCCGACGAGCGCUGCGUGCCGCCCGCCGAGGCCGAGUCCAACUUCCGCACGGUGCACGACCACCUGCUGCGCCACGUGGCCGUGCCCUACCUCCACGUGCACCCCAUGCCCGUGCAGCUCAACCAGCGGCUGUGCGUGGAGGAGGACGGCGGCGCGGCGGCCUACGAGCGGGAGAUGGCGCGCCUCGUCAACGGCUCCAGCUUCGGCUACGUGCUGCUGGGCGCGGGCGCCGACGGGCACACGGCCUCGCUGUUCCCGGGCACGCCGCCGGACGCCCACGGGGAGAGGCUGGUGGCGCUGACCGAGAGCCCGGUCAAGCCGCACCAGCGCAUGAGCCUGACGUUCGCCGCCAUCAACCGCGCGCAGCGGGUGGGCGUGCUCAUCAUGGGGAAGGGCAAGCACGAGCUGGUCACUCAGCUCAGCCGCAUCAAGGACACGCCCGACAGGUGGCCCAUCACCAAGGUCCAGCCGGCCAGCGGACGGCUCGUCUGGUACAUUGACUAUGAGUCACUCUUAGGCCAGUGACAACAUUCCUCCCCCACGCGUCAAGUGCUGUACUGAGAAUGUUUUUCUUACAGGAGUGAGUUAUGUUUGCAUUUCAUGGAUUCAUGAAAUGGUCAUGUUUUUAAUCAUUGAAGUUUGUGCACAAAGGCGAUUUUGAGUGUUAAUGAAGUAGGGAGUGUUUAUGCAAAUGCAGAAUGUACUUAUUCAUUAACUGUGCUAUCAAUUUGAACAGUUUGUUCUACACUUAAUUGAACGGAUGCCUUACAGUCACACUUUAAUGCCUAGUUUGUCUGGACAGCAUCUACUGUUCAUAUUUCACACUCAGGAAGGGAAGGUUGGACUAUGUGUACUGUGAUUUACUUAUGCUGGAUAAAGACAUUUUUAUGUGUGAUAUUAAUGAAUUUCUAUAACGUGCCAAAUUUCCAGAACUCUUUACAAUACAAUACAAUCAGUUAGGACUAUGAAGUGAUUUUACUAGUCCUAUAUUCUUGUAAUCAUAUCAUCUUUGUUAUCUCCUUGUUCUCAUAUAAUUCUGAAGGACCAAAAUGCCUGUCAUAAUCACCAGAAGCAUUCACUGCUAUGUAUGUCAAAUGAAAUGUUCAAAAUUGUGAUGAUGUGAUUUCAAAACCAUCUAAAAUGUUUAGACUAGAGGAACACUAGAUGAAACGGUUAGUUGACUAAAAGCUUUCAUUGUCACUUUGGCCACGUAAAAUGUAUUUCAUGGUCAUAAUUCCACAUUCCUCAGUUGCUCUCAUGUAAUUGGGAAUGCUGAAAUACUGUGAAUUUGCUCUUUGUACCAAAGGAAAAGUUACUGUAAUUUAAUAUGAAUGCUGUUGUUUUAUGUUACUCACAGCAUGUAGAGGGAAAUGAAUAUAGUGUUGCAAAUUCUGAUUAGAUUAAUUAACUGUAAUACCUCAGAAAAGUGCCUUUUGGAACAGGUAAUAGAUUUAUAUAUUUACACAAGGCCUUAGUUUGGCGAUGGAAACUCGAUGGGCAAGAAAAUGGGCUAUUCCUCUUUGGCAGCUUGUCUUAAUCUCCGACAAUAAAUGAAAACAUUAUGCCGAUGGGUUUUCAAUAUAAGAGUGGCGACAUAUUCUUCUCAUAUAUUGCUCAUGUGCCAGUUACAAAUGACUGCCCAAGUCUAUCUGAUUUGUCUAUCACAUUCCUUUCCUUGGAAGAGCAUUAACUGUGUUGUGGGUUAAUAAGAUGGAUACAUCUUGGAUAUCCCCAGAACCUCUUGUUAUACCCCUUGAAAGAUUCUGAAUAAAGUGCUCUGUGGUGGUGACUGUGUUUUGUUAUCCAUGAUGUAAAUACAGGAUAAUAUGUUGCUAUUUACUUAUUGUUGUGUAAUUACCAGUAGACUUGGGCAGUAGGAGAGAUGCUGUGCCACAUCAGCACAUUUUCCAUGACAAAUCUCCUCUUGACCACCACGGAACGCAGACAGAGGUUGCUUUCAAGUGAGCUAAAACGUGCACUACCAUUUCUGCCCCUGCACGGCUGUUUCCGCCAUGCAGCCAAUGUUGCCCUCAAGAGUCUUCAAAAGAGCAUGUUGAAAUAAUCUAUAUUGUUUUUAAGAUUUCUGAUAUAAAGGUGCUUGUUUUUGUACCUUGUUGUAUUUCACUCUGGAAUAUAUUUUAUUUUAUAGGAAUACCAAGUUAGCAAUUGAGAAUUGACACUGAAUUAAAUUUGGAUUAUUAUUUUAUUGUUGUGAUCAGAACUUACUGUGUAGCAUUAAAGACAAUUAUGAACAAGUAA